CAGCGUCCGUGGUCCCCGCUCUUGCCCACCUGCAGGCUGCAGCCACACCGAGCAGUCGCCCACAUGGCCCAAGAGACCACCGGCUCGAAUGGGGCGGCGGCGGCCGACGUAGAGAUGGUGGAGGCCAACGAGCUCCGGCGGCGGAGUAAGCCAGGCGACCGCGCGCGCCGCGACGGAGAGGGCGCCGUCCCCGCGGAGGAGGAGGAGGAGGCGGUGUCGGUGGAGCGGGCGUUCGCGGACCAGCGCGUGCCGUCCUGGCGGGAGCAGCUCACGGUGCGCGCCUUCGUGGUGAGCUUCUUCCUGGCCGUCAUGUUCAGCGUCAUCGUCAUGAAGCUCAACCUCACCAUCGGCGUCAUCCCCUCGCUCAACGUCUCGGCGGGCCUCCUCAGCUUCUUCUUCGUCCGCCUCUGGACGGGCGCCCUCGACAAGGUCGGCCUCCUCAGGCAGCCCUUCACCCGCCAGGAGAACACCGUCAUCCAGACCUGCGUCGUCGCCGCCUACGGCAUCGCCUUCAGCGGGGGCUUUGGUAACUAUCUAUUGGCCAUGAGCGAUAGAAUCGCUUCGCAAUCAACAGAGGCAAAUGAUCCUCAAAAUAUCAAAAAUCCACAGCUUUUAUGGAUAAUUGGUUUCCUGCUCGUGGUCAGCUUCAUUGGACUCUUUGGUCUUGUGCCACUGAGAAAGACUAUGAUCAUUGACUACAAGCUGACCUAUCCAAGUGGCACUGCAACUGCCUACCUCAUAAACGGCUUCCAUACACCCCAUGGUGCCAAGAUUGCAGGGAAGCAAGUAAAGAAACUGGGCCAAUUCUUCGGUCUCAGCUUCUUUUGGGGAUUCUUUCAGUGGUUCUACACAGCAACCGAUAGUUGUGGAUUCCAGAAAUUCCCAUCAUUAGGGCUGCAAGCUUUCAACAACAGGUUUUACUUUGACUUCUCUCCUACCUAUGUUGGAGUUGCAAUGAUUUGCCCGCAUAUUGUCAACGUAUCUGUUCUCCUGGGAGCCAUUCUGUCAUGGGGAAUAAUGUGGCCUCUUAUAGCCAAGAAAAGAGGUGACUGGUUCUCUGCUGAACUCGCAGAUGGUAAUCUCCACGGAAUGCAAGGUUACCGGGUCUUCAUUGCCAUUGCUGUGAUUCUUGGUGAUGGCCUGUACAAUUUUCUCAAGAUGCUCUUCCUUACAGUCCGCUCAUUAAGAUCUCAACUCAAGAAGAGUAACGCUAGUACACUACCAGUGUCAGAUGAUGAAACAGGUAACAGUGUUGCACCUGUCUCAUAUGAUGAGGAGCGGCGCACUGAACUCUUUCUCAAAGAUCAAAUCCCCUGGUACAUUGCAUAUGGAGGCUAUGCUGUUGUUGCUGCCAUAUCUAUUGGCACUGUCCCGCACAUAUUCCCUCAGCUGAAGUGGUACCAAAUCUUGGUAGCCUAUAUCGUAGCACCGGUACUUGCCUUCUGCAAUGCCUAUGGAGCUGGCCUCACUGAUUGGUCUCUUGUCACAACUUACGGAAAGCUCGCAAUCUUUGCUUUCGGUGCAUGGACAGGUGCUUCACAUGGUGGUGUUCUUGCGGGCCUGGCUGCCUGCGGUGUGAUGAUGAACAUCGUGUCUACUGCUUCUGAUCUAAUGCAGGACUUCAAAACAGGAUACCUGACACUGGCCUCGCCAAGGUCAAUGUUCAUCAGCCAAGUCAUAGGCACUGCAAUGGGCUGUGUGAUUGCUCCUUGCGUAUUCUGGCUUUUCUACAAGGCAUUUGAUAAUGUCGGCAUCAGUGGCAGCGAGUACCCUGCACCAAAUGCGGCCAUCUUCCGCAGCAUUGCGAUACUAGGUGUCGACGGCUUCUCGUCCCUACCAAAGAACUGCCUGACUCUUUGCGCCAUAUUCUUCGCUGCAGCGAUUGCCAUAAACUUGAUAAGAGACCUGGUGCCUAAGAAGGUAUCUGGAUUCAUACCGAUCCCGAUGGCUAUGGCAAUACCAUUCUAUCUUGGAGCAUAUUUCGCGAUCGAUAUGUUCGUCGGGACAGUGAUCCUUUUCAUCUGGCAAAAGCUGGACAGAGCCAACGCAGACACAUUCGCACCUGCAGUUGCUUCUGGCAUGAUUUGCGGUGAUGGAUUGUGGGUUCUGCCGCAGUCGGUUCUUGCUCUUGCCAAGGUGAACCCUCCUAUCUGCAUGAAAUUUCUGUCGAGGGGGGUGAACGACAAGGUAGAUGCUUUCAUUUCAACAUUAUAGUAGAAUAUUCUUGGACAGUGGAGUUGCGGUUAUGAAUCAAAGAUUCGGAUUGAUUGUGAAUUAUCUAGUUCUUCAGGAUAAGCCAGUGUGUCAGUUCAAUUAGAUAAACAGAACUAUGUAUAAAGAGAUGAAUGUCAAGUGUGUUAGUUUAUUUUCUGUAGUGCGUGUAUAAACAGUGGGGUAUGAGUUCAGGAAGGCUACCAAUCCAUUGUAAUCUGAAAAAAUGUUAUGAGUUGUUCGGUGUUGAUCCUAGUGUUAUUC